AUGGAAUUUCUGGAACUCUCGGAAGAGCUCGGUGUAGUGCAGAGCCUCAAUGAGAGAGCUGUCUCAAAAUCAGUGUCACAGCGAUCAGACGGCUUUGUAGAUCUUGAGACCGGCGAAAACAGCGAGGGAAAUGUGACUCAAUCGACGAAUGACACAAGCGAAACCCAAGCUAGAACGCCGAACUCGAGCAGCGAAACAAACCGCAAGGCCAAAUAUAGUCUGCGUCAAGCAUUCUUCAUAGCUGCUGGUGGGCUAGCGGUCGAAACAAAGUCCUUCAGCAUUGACCCUUUCUUAACAGAUGUUGAAAACAUGCGCGCUGAUUCCUACUUAGUCACUACUUUAGCAGCUUUAGAGCUUGCUCGACUUGGGCUUAUAUCUCCAAUUGCACCACAGAUUAUCGACGACAAAGCUAAAGCUGACCCAAUUACAAAGCUUGUGGUCUGUGUACAAGCAGGCUGGUUCAUUGUGCAAUGCAUCGCAAGAACUUCACAACAUCUGCCACUUGCUUUGCUGGAAAUUCAUACCCUAGCUCACGUAGCACUUGCUCUGUUCAUGUAUUUGGCUUGGUUUGCAAAACCUUAUGAUGCUAUCUCACCGCAUGUAAUUUCGGACAGCAAGGUCGUCGAGGUUGUUGCUCUUUUUUCACUUUAUUCACCUGGGACUCAGGAGAUACUUCAUAUCCCUGAAAAGACGCACUGUGUGCUCGAUUGCCGCACGGAGACCGAAUUGAUCGACAAACUCAAGCACAUUGUCGAAGAUGAAGAUUCUGAGGGACACGCCGGACCAGACACAGUUCUCUCAACGAAGCAGCAAAGAUUGGCCCAGUCGAAUCAUGCUCUUUGUGCCAUUGAAUAUCUGAGACACAACGAAAUGCACUUGACCUGUCGUCCUUCGGAGGAAGGUGAAAAUCUUUAUCUAGCAUCCUACGUGUCAGAUUUCCUCUCGAUCCCAGGAAGCAGAUAUCGAGAACUGAAAGCGUCAAGUUUUUCAAGGUCAAAGCCCAAAUUGUCACAUCUUCAUCGAGUACUUUUUCUCUAUGAAAAAGGCAUAUUGCUUCCUCUACUCAUUCUAGCAUACUCGGCAUUUCAUUUGUGCGCAUGGAACGCACAAUUCCCCACAACUAUUGAGCGAUGGAUGUGGCGAGGGGCAGGACUGGCCAUUCUCGCGACGCCCUUUGCCGGAGUCCUGUCUUUUUGUACAACAUUAGACAUUGAACAAGUUCUGGGAACAGAUCAAGUCACCCAAACGAAACCUUUCUGGUCACGCUAUCCAUUCACCAAACUUUGCUUAAGAAUCCUUUUUGAAUGUAUUCGCACCCCUACCUUGUGGGCGUGGUCUACAAUCCUCCUUGCGGCUGUCUUUGGCAGGCUUUAUUUUCUUGUAGAAGCGUUCGUUUGCCUAAGACAGCAGACACCAGACUUGUACAAGACAGUGCAGUGGACACAAUUCUGGCCACAUGGAUGA